AAAUGACUGCAGAGCAGCGGGCUAGGAGAAACGAAAUCAACAGACAAAGCAGGAAAAAAAAGAAGAAUGAGGUGAUAGAAAUGAAAGAUAAAUUGAAGAAACAUGAAGAUGAGAUGAAGAAUUUAAGGAUAGAGAAUGCAGAAUUGGAACAUGCCAAGGUUUCAAUGGGGGAAGAGUUGCAGGCUCUAACAGCUGUGAAAGAUAAGCUGGAAAGCGAUCUUGAAGAAUUUAAGCAAGAAAGGGAUAAGCUAAAUGCUUUUCUCCAAGAGCUAUUAAAAGAUAAGGAUUUUAAGUUCAUAAAAGGGGGGGACAAACAUGAUAUGAAGCCAACACAAGAUCAUUCUCCUUCAGAUGAAGAAAGCCACUCAGAAAAAGAAAUUUCGGCUGGCAACUUCGAUGGUGGUGACUCUGAAGAUGACAAUGAUUAUAAAAUGAAAAAGAAGCGUGCGGCACGUUCAGCUUCAAGUGAAGGUCGUUCUGGCAAGGUUCCUAAGUUUGCAUGUUAUGAUGCCAGAGCUGAUCAGAGACAUGGAUCUACAAGUAAUCAUACUGCCAUGGUCAAGGAUCCCUACUCCAUUGCUGACUGCAUUCGUAUUUUAAAUACCAUGGGAGACAUACCGUAUACUAUCGUAAAGAAAGCAACAGAUAAAUUUAAGUCACCCGAUGAUAGGGAAACUUUUGUUGAACUACGUGAAGAUUGGAGAAUGGACUGGGUGAAAGAUUUGGAGAAUGAUGCUUAAAGAAAUUUUUCUAGUUAUAUUUAAAAUUUAAGGAACAGUUUCUUUUUUUUUUUUGGAUAUUGGGAACUUUGUUUUGUUUGAAUUAAACUUUAUUGUGAUUG